CCAUAUGUGUUGCUAGAGACCUGAAAUUCUCAAGUAUUUUUUUUAGUAUUUCUGUGAAUGGUGAUGAAUCAUUUGUUACAUUUAUCAUUCAUAUUAUUAUUUAUCAUUCAAAGAAUAUGAUUAUAUUUACAGUCUCCGGCUACCUUAAUUAGUCUUCUCUAGUUAAAGGAUUAAGGUUAUCAUUAGCAUAUAAUUGGUACUAUAUAACCUUCUACAAAACUGUUGACAGAGCUUAAGAUCUCUCUGGCUCUGCUUUACUAUUCUCUUUUAUAAUUGCUGUCAUAAAAAGUAAAAGAUUUGAAAAUGAGGACGUUACAUUGACAAAGCAAAUUUAAUUUUGCUUAGCCACUAAGAAGCUUUUUAUAACUUUAGUAAAGAAGAGAGUAUUAUAUAAAGAAGAUGUCUAUCACAACUUACUCUUCCCCUCCUCUUUUUUUUCCCACCAAAUUUCAUAUACAGAAAAAAAUGGAUGGUCACACAGCUAAAGACACUGGUAUGAAGAGAAGUGCUUCUGAGUUGGCUCUACAAGAGUAUCUCACUAAGGUCAUGUCUACUUCUUCUGCUUUAUCAAGACAAGAAUCUACAAGCCCUCUAGAACCUUCUUUUGAUCUCAAGAACCAGGAUCACACUGGUGAGUUACGAGAUAGACAUUUGUUAUCUGAGACCUUGUUUCCAGCUGGAGUUUUACUUGAUGCACAGUCCUCGAUUUGCAAAAACCUGUCAGCUGAUAGUCCAGUGUCAGCUAAUAAACCUGAGGUAAGGAGGAGAGCUCAGAGAACCACGAGUGUAUCUUCUCAUGGUCACUCUGAUGAAGAAGAUGCAGAGACAGAAGCUGGCCAAUCUGAAAUGACUAAUGAUCCCAAUCAUCUAAAACGUAUGAGAAGGAUGUAUUCAAAUAGAGAAUCAGCAAGGCGGUCAAGGAGGAGGAAGCAAGAACACUUGGCAGAUCUUGAAUCUCAGGUUGAUUCUUUGAAAGGAGAGAACACAACACUGUAUAAGCAACUCAUUGACGCAACACAACUGUUUCGUAGUGCUGGAACAAAUAACAGAAUCCUCAAAUCAGAUGUUGAAACUCUCAGAAUCAAGGUGAAACUAGCAGAAGAUUUGGUAGCUAGAGGGUCUCUCACUAGUAGCUUGAAUCAACUUCUGCAAACUCAUCUAAGUCCACCAACACAGUCCAUCAACAGUCUGCACUACACAGGAAGUACCUCACCUGCCGUUACAGUCCUCAGCGACCAAUCUAUGUUCGCUGGAAUCACACUUUCUGGACAGAACUCAAGCCCUGGACUUGGUAAUGUAUCCAGCGAAGCUGUUAGCUGCGUCUCAGACAUCUGGCCAUGAGCCUCUUCUUCACAUGUAACGGUCACUCUGAAAUUUUCAUGUAUGUGUAUCACUAUAAAACUAGAAACAUUUAAUGAAAUCCACAUAUUCGUUAUUGAACUCAAGUUUCUUUUA